ACGAAUUUAGUCGCGAAUCGAUUCGAGUUUGACGCAUUGCCGCAACGUCGUUCGCGACGAACUUCAUGUCGCUCCCGCGCGCAAGAUGGCUCUUCAUCACCCAAAUUCAAAGCGACGUGAAAUUCAGUGGAAGAACGAAAAUUUGUAUGAACGCGAAGAUUCCUGAAACCGCGAGGUUAAGUACGUGUUAAAUGUCACAAGUGUUUUGUGUGUUCUUCGGCUGGAAAAGUAAUUGAAAUUAAUGGGGAAAACUCCGGAUCGUCAUCCAUAAAACAACAGUGAGAUAUCGUCGACAGGGAUUCGAAAAUGGCGGACUAUUGGAAGUCCCAAGGCCGUAAGUUCUGCGACUUCUGCAAAUGCUGGAUCGCCGAUAAUAAACCGAGUAUCGACUUCCACGAGGGCGGCAAGAAGCAUAAGGAAAAUGUCAGCAAGCGGCUCAAAGAAAUUCACAAGAAUAGUGCCAAACAGGCGAAGCAGAAUAAAAAAUUCGAGGAUGAUCUCAAAAAGAUGGAAAAUGCGGCUAUGGCUGCAUACUUGAAGGAUGUCGAGAAUAACACGCGAGAUAUGACUGCUGAAAAAAUUAUUAAAGACAAACUGAACAAGAUUGAGACGAAAGAGACGCCUCAGAAUUUUAAUCGCAUGCCACCAGCCUCUUUGGAGACGGUACCGAGAUUCAAAAGUAACACUGAACAGUUCUUGCCAAAAGUUGAUCCUUGCGAUCCGACUUUGUCGAAAAGCGCGCCAUCGCUUCCACGAGUCCAGCAGCAGGGCGAGAACAGGACUCCAGGGAGGAGUAAAGCAAACAAGACGAAGGGAAAGGGGAAGAAGACCCAGGAGGAUGAUCGUCUGACCGCACCUGUCAGGAAACUAUGGUACGAGGCUCUCAGUCCCGAAGGAUACACUUACUACUGGCACAUUGAAACGAACGAAUCGGUUUGGGAGCCUCCGGAGGAGGGUUACAUGACUCUCGCAGAGCAAGAAGAGGAGACGAAAGAGGAAGCACUCCAGAAGGAGCUUAUGGAACAAUUGGACAAGGAGGAAGCGAUCGAGAAAGCAGAUAUUUUCGAGGAACAACGAGCCAAUGCCGAAAGAGAGAAAAUGAGGCAACGUGUGACACAAUCUGUUAGAAACGAGAACGAUGAAACCGAAGAUGACGACAAAAGCACAGAAAUAAAAAAAGAGACAACCAAAGAGGAACGACCUUACUGGCGAGACUACAGCGUGCCCGAGAGACCGCAACCUUAUGGAUCCUGGCAAGUCGUGGAGACAAUCAAAAAGAAACCAGUCGAUCUCCAAUUGCCAAAGCAAAAGCAGGUACAAUUGUCUGUGUUUGACAAGAUAGAACCACCGCCGCCGCAGAGGACUUUCAAAGAAAAGACUGUCACAAAGAUUAAUAUCGAUGAUAGUGAUGACGAGGAUGCAUCAACUACGUUUAAGAAAAGAAAAAUUGGUAAUAAAAACGUACGUAAAAGAACGACUGAUGAUUAGCAUUGGAAUUUUUUUCUGAAUAUUAUGUUUGUGUAUCUUUUUAUUUAAUUGUUAAAACGUUUGUUAAACAAACAUUGACAAUUUGUAUGGAUAAACAAACAUUACAUAAUAUUUGUAUAAAACUUUGUGUAUAUAAGUAGAUUAAGUAGAUAUAAGUAGUAAUUGAAAUAGUAAUAUAGUAGUAAUAAAGUAGUGCUUAUAAGUAGUAAUAGAUUCUUUAUACAUACUUUACUGUGCACAAAUAUGUAGAUAACGCAUUGAUAUUUAAG